ACUUUUUUUUCUAAAAGGGAUUUGACCAGUUUCAUAAGCGAGGACGAUAGAAGUGUAAUCCCAAAACAUCCGAUGUUCCCUUUUCUGUCUCUCAUAGUGCGUGUGUGUGUGUGUGUGUGUCAUGUUCUGCAUGUAUGUUUCAAGAUUCAAUAUUCAAAGCUUUAUUGUCAUGUGCAGAAGUUGCAAUGCACUCUCUGAUUGCCAUAAAUGGAGAAAAGAAACGGAAGUACUAAACAUAGUAAAAGUGGAGUAGUAUGAGUGUAGACAUAAUGAAGUAUAACAACAGUUUACAGUUUACUACAUCAAUGCAAAUCUGUAAAGUGUAGUUACAAUAGCAAAUCAAUAGUACAAAUGUACAUAAGUAAUUGUAUAUUUCCCGACAACUAUAAGAUACUGAAGGCCAUCAGCAGUUUGAAAUUUGUCUCAGUUAGUUAGUGUCCGUCUUUCUCUACACCUGUCUCUUAAGCCGCUUCCUUAUAAUGGAUGCUGUAAGUCGGGCUGAUCUCCCUGGCAGAGCAACAGACUUUCCAGGUGCCAAUACUAUUUACAAAGCCAACCACUAAGCCUUCUUCGUCUACCUUUAAACCUUCAGUCGAUGGUGUGGUCAUGUUCGUGUUUAAUAUUGUGUAUGUAUUUGUGUGUUUUUCCACCAGGAUUGUUUGCCACAUCUUUUGUGUGGCGUUAAAAAUAAGUGUCCUUUUUUUUUUUUUGAGAGGGACAACAAACAAACGUCGGUAUGAUGUUUGAGUCAAAUUGAGGAUCUGAUUUGUUUUCUUCUUUAUCUGCAACACAAACCUGAGCAUCUGUUUCCAGAUGCAUUAUGCAUUAAAGCUUGUGCUUAGCUGUCACAUGUUCCUGUAACAAGACACUUGCCUGAGAAAACAAAUGCAUCACAUCGUUUAUGUUUUUGUGGCAGGGCUUUUUUUUUUUCUAUCACAUUGAUAAGAUGUUUGAAUUCAGUUGAAAGGACGACAGAAGGAAGGGCUUCAGAAGGACAAUAAGUGACAUGUUUUUGAUCCUUUCCUCAGUUCAGUACCAGUCAGGCCUUUAUGGAGGAAACAACAACAACAGCAGCUCUCCUCUCUCCAGCCGUGGAAAUUCACCCAUUGUGUGUGAGCGCUGUGGGGAGGUGUGUCGUGGGGAGGUGGUGCGCGUCAAAAACACACACUUCCAUGUUCUCUGCUUCACCUGCCAAGUUUGUGGCUGUGAUCUGGUGCACUCAGGUUUCUUCCACCACUCUGGCGAGUACAUCUGUACAGAGGACUACCAGCGGCUGUACGGGACCCAGUGUGACAGCUGUGACCAGUAUAUCAGUGGGGAGGUGGUGUCUGCACUGGGGAGGACGUACCACCCACACUGCUUCGUCUGCAGCAUCUGCAGGAGUCCGUUCCCAAUAGGAGACAGGGUGACCUUCUGUGGGAAGAAGUGUGUGUGUCAGCAGUGCUCACACACUCUGAAAAGCGACAAGCCCAUCAAGGUCCAUGGACCAAGCUACUGUGCCGGCUGUGGCGAGGAGAUCAAACAGGGUCAGUCUCUGCUGGCUCUGGAGAGACAGUGGCACGUCAGUUGCUUUAAAUGCCGAACGUGCGGCUGUGCGCUCACUGGAGAGUACAUCAGCAAGGAUGGGAUACCUUACUGUGAGACUGACUACCACACUCAGUUUGGGAUCAGGUGUGACAGCUGUAACAGGUACAUCAGCGGCAGAGUACUUGAGGCUGGAGGGAAGCGAUACCACCCCAGCUGUGCCAGGUGUGCCCGCUGUCACAUGAUGUUCCUGGAAGGAGAGGAAAUGUACCUUACAGGUUCAGAGGUUUGGCACCCCAUGUGUAAAGAAGCAGCUCGGCUGGAGAGAAAACUGAGGCUGAGACGCACUUCUGAGACGGCGUCCAUUUCUCCUCCAGGCUCGUCUCCUCUCCUCGGCUCUCCUCACCGGCUCAUCUUUUCUAAAGCGGAUAUUUUGGACUAUAAGCAGCUUGCAGCUCUGCCCAGGGUCAAAGCCAUAUAUGACAUCCAGAGGCCUGACAUCAUCCCUUAUCAGGCCGACCAUGCACACACACACCUCUCAGAUGACACUCUGGAGCGAUACAGCUGCGGACAGUCAUUGGGCUCCUUAUCAACAUACUCUCAUGAUCUCUUGGAUGGUUUGGAGGUGAGAACGAGGCGUUCCUCCAGCUCCGCUUUCACUGAUUCCCCUACACACAGUCGCCGCGGAGGCUCCCCACUGCAUUAUUAUCUCCCCGCUUCCGAGGAAACCAACAUCUACAGGAAACCCCCCAUCUAUAAAAGAAAAGACUUGUCUGCCUCUCCAACAGCCAAUAAGAGUAAGACCAAUGAGAACCUCCUCAAUUCCAGUGGCCUUUCCACCCCCAACUGUAACGGCAUUUAUCACCCAGACUCCAACUAUUACCCAUAUACUGGCUCUCCAAAAGUCUCCAGGGUGAGGAGGUUUUCAUCCGGAGGGGAGGAGGAUGGAUGGAAUCACAAUAUAAACAAGGGAAUUGGCAGGAUGAUCCUGAAGGAGGAGAUGAAAGCGCGGUCAGCUUGUCACGACAAUGACCAGUGGGGGAGCAGACGCAGUUCCCGCUGUAGCAGCAGGGAGGCGCUGAACAAUCUGGGAUACGGCUCCCUCAAUGGCUCUCCCAGGUCUGUUCACAGUGCAGACAGCGACUCAUACAUUGCCAAAUCAUCCUCGUUGCCAGGCUACCGCAGGAAUGGACUAAACAGGCCUGGGAGCGCUGGUGCAGAUUAUUACCAGUAUGACAGCAGUAAUGCAGUUAACUGGCAGAUCAGAGAAUACAAGAUCUACCCAUAUGAAGCCAUAAUAGUGUCAGUCAGAGGGCAGCAGCGUCUACCGAGUGAUGUGGACCGAGCAAGACUGGAGCGUCACCUCUCACCAGAGGAGUUCCACAGAGUCUUCGGCAUGCCCAUGUCGGCCUUUGAUCAUCUUGCUCAGUGGAAGAAGAACGAACUGAAGAAACAGGUCCGACUCUUUUGACAAAACAAAGCCACCAGAACCGUCUCACCCAAUGCAGGUCCAACGGUGUGCUCUGAAAAACAAGCCACCAGAGAGGUCUGUUGACCCCAAGUUGACUGUCACAGGGGAAGAGGAAGUGGCUGAAAUAAAAGUCUCUCCUCCUCUGAGGGGGCAGGAGCAGAACUGUUCUGAUACCAACUCGCCAAAAUGGUAAUGAUACUGCAGUGAGAGGAAGGUGAACCAGAUCAUUAAGACUUUGAGGGACAGCAGAUGAGCCUCACUGGAGCUGCAACAAAGUUUAAGAGUGGGAGGAGUUGUUCUGCUUCUCACUCUCUUACCAGCAGAUGGCAGUGUGUUAAGAGAAACACCAGGGUGGAGGUCUGAUACAUGACCAGGGGGACUGUAAGCUGAAGUACUUCCUACCACACUGAGGGUCUGCCACGCUGAAAAUAAGGGAGACAGUUUGGGAAGAGAAUAGGCUGCCUAGAAGACAGUCUGACAUAUUGUUUGAAGCAAAAGGGAUCCAGUUUUAUUCACACAGACACUAUGAUCAUAAGCUCAUAAGCUGACGAGAAUGGUGUGAGUCUCACUAACAUUAGAGUUAUUGAACACACAAUGUUUUUUUAUAUAUAUAAUGUGCAUAUACUGAAACCCAAAGGUCUCCUUUUUUAAUACUGGCAUGUGUUUGUUUUGAUGUCUGAAGCCAUAUCAGAGCUUAGAGUUCUUCUCUAUGACAUGAGCAAACUGUACAGUUCACUGAUUGUAGGGUUUAUUGUGAAUUAACUAUGUCAUAGGAAUCAGGUUUUAGUACUACACACGUUAAAAUAAGACAUCUUUGUUUCGCUUUUUUUACUUAAAGGAAUCAUCGUUUUUGUCAAUUUAUCCUUGCAGCUGCGCAGAAUUUUUCACAGACGAAUAUCCAGACCCUCUGAAUAAAGAAAAAACUAAAAUGCUCAAGUGAAGGGAGGAAAGGAAAGAGGUGAAGGAAAGAAAGGUUGAGAACAGGAGGAAGUAACAACGAAAGGAAUGUGUGAAGAGAUAAACAAAGAAAGAUGCAAAGAGAAAAUACGUUAUGACAAACUUAGUUUAAUAAAGAGUUGGUUUCACAAAAGUAAAGUGGAAAGAAAGGAUUUGUAUUGCUUAAAAUGUGUGUGUGUGUGUGUGUGUGUGUCUAUAGGUCUUCAACAAUACAAUAUAGCAC